GGGAAGGUGAGGAGAAGCAACCCCUGAAUCAGGUAGUCCCCUGUGAGGGAGGGGCAAGACCCAGAAGGCGAAGGAGAGCCGCAUGGGGACGACGAGGGAGGGCCUUGGUGAAGAUGUCUGCAAGGAGGAGAGAGCUAUCGAGGAGGAGCGGGUGGAGCGCCAGGAAAUGAGGCCGCUCCCGAGGGAGAAACCAUACCCCUGAGGAGAGGAAGGGAGGGAGGAAGAGGGGAGGAGGAGAGGAAGGGAGGGAGAAGGGGGGGGGGGAGGAGGAGAGGAAGGGAGGGAGGAAGGGGGGGGGGAGGAGGAGAGGAAGGGAGGGAGGAAGGGGGGAGGAGGAGAGGAAGGGAGGGAGGAAGGGGGGGGGAGGAGGAGAGGAAGGGAGGGAGGAAGGGGGGAGGAGGAGAGGAAGGGAGGGAGGAAGGGGGGGGGGGAGGAGGAAAAAGGCGGGUGCGUGGAGCGCAGCUCUUAAGUCGCCGCGACGCGCAACCUUUGGCGGGC